AUGGACAAAACCACAUUCUUGGGCGUCUUGUCAUUGGCAGCCUCAGUCUCAGCCUCAGCCCUGUAUUCUACAUACCACUUCAACCCUCUCCAUCAUCUCACAGGCAUCGCACCUUACUUUGAACCGCAAGAUCCUCCCGCAUCCCCCGACGUUCCCCAAGGGUGUACCGCGAAACGUGCCGCCUACCUUGUUCGCCAUGCCGCCAUCUACGCCAACGACUUCGACUACGAGGAGUACAUUGAAAGCUUUGUCGACAAGCUGGACAACACCACCGUCGACUGGACCAAAGUCCCCGAACUGAGCUUCCUCGCCGGCUGGAACGCCCCCAUCAGCGACGCCGAGGUCUCGCUGCUGACCCGCGUCGGCCGUCUCGAGGCGACCCAGCUCGGCGUCGACCUCAACUUCCGGUACCCCAACUUCAGCGUCCCCAAGACGGUGUGGACAUCCUCGGCCUCGCGCACGCUGCAGUCGGCCCAGUCGCUCGCGCGCGGCCUGGAAGCGGACGAGGGCAGCAUCGAGAUCCGCAGCGUGUACGAGUCCAAGGAGGCGGGCGCCGACAGCCUCACGCCCUACAAGGGCUGCCCGGCCUACUCGUCGUCGGCCGGCAGCGACGAGGCCGAUGAGUUUACCGACAGGUUCACCAAGCCCAUUGUGGCGCGCCUGAAAAAGGCAGCGCCCGGCUUCAACUUUACGGCAAAGGACGUUUUCGGCAUGCAGCAGCUGUGCGGCUACAAAACGGUGAUUCGCGGCAAGUCUCCGUUCUGCAGCCCCGAUCUCUUCAGUCCUGACGAGUGGCUGGCAUGGGAGUACUCGGAAGACAUCCGCUACCACUACAACGUAGGCUACGGCAGCAACGUCGCCGGCUACAACGGUCUUCCGUGGCUCAAGGCAACAGGCGACCUUCUCAUGAGCAACGCGAAGAACGGCAGCAACGGCAGCAGCACCGUCGACGACUUGCUGGUCAGCUUCACGCACAGAGAGAUGCCUCCCAUGGUCAUUGUCGCCAUGGGGCUCUUCAACAACUCGGAGUUUAGCGGCGCUUCCAACAUCAACGAGACCAUGCCCACGGAUCGCAUCAACUACCGCCGCGCGUGGAAGAGCUCCAGCAUCCUGCCGUUCCUCGGCAACAUUGCCAUUGAGCGCCUGGAGUGCAGCGGCAGCUUCGGCUACGAUGAUGGUGAAUACUACAGAGUGCUGGUCAACAGCUCCCCGCAGCCACUGCCCAGCUGCGCCGACGGACCGGCCACGAGCUGCUCCCGCGACGCUUUUGGAAAGUAUUUGAAGGACCGAGCGGACUUGUUCACAGGCUUCACGGAACAUUGCAACGCGACAUACAAAAACAGCACUGAUACCAUGACACUGUACAGCGCAAAGAACAACAGCACAAUGCGAUGA